AUGUCUCUAAUCCGAAUAGCUUUUUCUUUGGUCCUCCUCCUCGCCGCGGCGGAGUCCGCGGCGGCGACGCGCUCACCGUCGGCCUUCGUGCAGAACGCCAUCUACUCCAACCGCAUCACCAUCUUCUCCAAAUCCUACUGCCCGUACUGUAUGCGUACUAAGCGAAUAUUUAAAGACCUCAAUGAAAAUCCUUACGUUGUUGAACUUGAUCUCCGAGAGGAUGGCCGAGACAUUCAAGGUGUUCUUCUAGACCUAGUUGGGCGCAAUACUGUGCCACAGGUGUUUGUGAAUGGCCACCACGUUGGUGGCUCAGAUGGUCAGUGCUCAAACUUCCCUGCUGCACUUAUGUCUAUACAAAAACUGCUCUUUCAGACGGACAACUUCAGAAACUUCUUGGUCAGAGUCAGUCGCAGUGAUGAUCACCGCCGAAGCUUGGUAUUGCCCAAAACUUGUGAAAUGUCUAACAUGCGGUGUUCCUUAUGGGAGGAAUGGAACCUUAACACUCUUUAG